AUGUUAAUGACUUCAUCGGUAUAUCAGAUACCUACAUGCGCAAUCUGUUUACAAGAUUUGACAUAGACUUUGUCAGUGACAAAAUGUGGUCAUGUUUUUCAUCAUUAAUGUAUCACGCAAGCAGUAGAAAAGAGUUCUCAAUGUCCACUCUGCAGAAAGACUUAACUUCUGGAGAACAUUAUUUAAAUAAAAUAUGGAAUUCAUGCAUCUGAGAGUUUGGAGGCUAAGGAAUUAUUUGGCUAAAUGACUGAUGACGAAAAGAAAAAUGUCUUGGUGCUUUAAAGGAAAAUUUAUGAGUUAACAGAGGAGAAGUAAAAAUUGAUGACUUAAAUUGCAGGGCUUUCUCAUCAGAAAAAUGACUUUGAAAAACAAAAUGAAGCCUUUAAGAUUUAGGUUAAGAACUAAGGAGAAGAAAUGAAAAAGCAGAGAAACGUGAUUGCUGCUCUUGAAAAUAAAAUCGAGGUUAAAUCCUAUGUAGUAGAUGAAGGGGUAAAGGAGAAAAAAGCUCUUCUUAUGGAAAAGGAAAGUCUUAUGCAUCAACUGAUUGAGAUUAAAAAACUCAAUCUGAUACAUGAAUAGAUUGAAAAAUGUAGUAAUAAGGCUAACCUAGCGUAGGUUAUCAAAAAUAGUCCUGAUCAAACUCAGGAGCAAAUAGCAAACAGUUUGUACCAAUACUUAAGAAUUUAAAUAAGCCAAGAAGAUAAGCAAUAGCAAACUAUUCAAAAGCUUAAGUCAGAACUUGAUUAAUAGAAUCAUAGGCUUGAAGUCAUGAAGUAUGAAGUAGAUGAUUAUAAGAAAAGAAUAGAAAAGCUAAAGAGAAAGGCAAGAGAUCAAAGCUCGUUCGAGACGUAAAGCCUUAAAAUUAGUCAUAAGCCAUCUGGGGCAACUGGAAGUGCCAAGCAGGAAGAUAUACCUAAAUUAUUCCUAUAAAAUCAGAUACCUCUCUCAUAGUAGCAUACUAACAACAGCUAGUCAGAUGAUUAAAGAGUAAUAACUUAUAAUUCCAAAAAGAGAAAAUUAAAUCUCAUUAGUAACUCUGAUAAUCAGGAUAGCGAGUUAUUUAUCAGUUCUUAAGAUACUUUGGGAAAUGACUCUUAGAAAUAAAUUGAGAUUAAAAUCUCAAAACCAGCAGAAAAUAAGGAAGAUUCCUAAAAAUUCCUUGAUUCUAUGUAUCUUGAGAAUGAGGAGCCAAACACUAAAUUUAAGAAGCCAGCUCCAAUUUCGAACAGCCUUAUAUCUGGAUUAAAGUCCUUUAAAGAUGGCUUUAAUGUUAAUAAAUUUAAGCAGCAAAUCAUUUAGUAAAAGUAAAACGAUAAAGCAUUAAGAUAAAAGGACACAGUAUAAUUAGGAAUGGGAGGCUUCUUUAAAAAAUGA